AUGGAGGACAACAUUACCAAGGACCUCGCCAAGUUCUCACUUGCAAACACCAUCUAUACUGCUCUUGUCAAGGCUCAUGCAUGUGAGCAGAGUGCCCUGUCCUUGUCAACUACUGGUGGUCAGGUGAUGUCUGAAUCCACCCCUUUCUAUUCACCCCCUUUCAAGAAACUCUUAUUGUUGUCUACUACUAUCAUGACUCAUUAUGGGAAUCCAUGGACUAUGGGAGUUACUUUAUCUGUUGAAAACCAAACUCUCAAGGAGCUUGCAGUGUCAGAGCUGAAGACUGAAGAUGUCAAAGGAGCUGGAAAGUCACUAGAGCUGUGGACACUGUUCUUUCAACUCUGGACACUGCUGAAGCUGCUGCUGCAUGCAGUCUUUGUCUUUGAUGGCCUUGAGCACUUGCCAGACAAAGGUCACAAGUGCAUGCUGGAGUUGUUUGGCUUUCACUGGACUGAAGUCCUGAGUGAAGCUGAAGCAGAACUGGCCACCAUGAAUGUUCAUGGCAUGAUUGAUGCUGUGAUGACUGAGGACAGUGAUAUCUUGAUCUUUGGAGCUCUGUGUAUUAUUAGAAGUGCGAAAAACAACAAAGACUAUCUCAAUGUCCAGGAGACUGGCUGCUUAUUGCCCUACUCGCAGGUGGUGGUGCUACAUAGUAAAAUUGGCCAGAUGGUUCUUGAUGCAUUCCUGUUGCUGAUACUGGAUGAAUUCUCUGAGCAGACUAAGGAGCUUGUUGAUGACCUACACACCCUACUUUCUACUGAUCCUUACAACUUCCUUGAGCACAGGUACAAGGCAGUUGCAGAUCGCAUUCCUCAUGGUUUCCCCCAGUGUGUGGUAGUCAGCAAGUAUGUUCAUGCUCUCAUGUCUUUUUUGGCCACUGGGAAUGAUCUUGCAAGUCUCAUAGACUUUUGCUGUCAGCAUUUGGGCUGGGAGGAUGAUGCAAUCAUUGAGAAGAUGUAUGGGGGUGUAUGGGAGGGUGCCUAUCUGUGUGCCUUAUGCAAGUUGCUGCAGCACUCCGCAGACCAGGCAAACCUUCAACUGAAGUUCAAAGUCAUUUCUCAGUUGAUGCUUAUGGCAUUGAGGCACUGA